AUGGCGCCUCAAGAACUAUCCUUUGCAGGCAUUUCCUUCUUAACCCUCCAGGCUGUCUUAGAAGUCGUGAUAGUCUGUCUUGCUGGCUUCUUUGUAGCACGUUCCAACCUUUUGGGAACCACUGGCCAGAGAAUGCUUUCCCAAUUGAAUGUUGACUUGUUCACGCCGUGCUUGGUGUUCACCAAACUUGCUCCUUCCUUGUCUGUGGACAAAAUCCUUGACAUUUUCAUCAUCCCAGUGUUCUAUGCCAUCACCACGGCCACUUCCUACUCCUUCUCGCGUGUCAUGUCUCGCUUCUUGGUUCUUAACGAGGCCGAGUCCGAUUUUGUCACUGCAAUGGCCGUUUUUGGUAAUUCCAACUCUUUGCCUGUGUCUUUGACCAUGACUUUGGCCUACAGCUUACCUGACUUGCUUUGGGAUAGGAUGGACGACGAUACUCCAGAUAAAGUCGCCUCCAGAGGUAUGUUGUACCUUCUUAUUUUCCAGCAAAUGGGCCAGAUUUUGCGUUGGUCUUGGGGUUACAACAAGCUCUUGAGAAGACGUUCGCCUGCCGAACUUGAUAGCGCCAUAACCAGUGGUGAAAUCAGACCUUUGGCCUUGCCUGACGUGGAGAGUCAGAACUCGAGUUUUAAUAGAGAUGAAGGUGAAAUUGAGGAUGUUUCACCCGCAUCGACUCUUGCCGCUGAUUUCCCUACCAUGGCUCCUCCCCACCAGCAUGAGUCCGACGAUUCCAGCGUCGACCACACCCAAAAGCCUUACAACGGGCAACAAGAUAACUUCAUCAAACGGAAGUGGCACAGCUUUGUUACUUGGAGACCUGUUGCCAACUUCUUUGCAUUCAUGAAUCCACCACUUUAUUCCAUGCUCAUAUCGGUGCUUAUCGCCUCUGUGAGCUCUCUUCAGAAGCUUUUCUUCCAGGACGAUAGCUUCGUUAGAAACACCUUGACCAAGUCUAUUGAAAACCUUGGCUCGGUGUCCAUCCCCCUCAUUUUGAUCGUGAUAGUGGUGGCGUCUUUGAUGUCGAGAAUGAUUCUUCCGUCUUUGGUGAUGCUCCCGUUGAUUGCUCUUUGCGUCAAGUUUAUCAACACCUCCAUCUUGGACGACCCUAUCUUCUUGAUUGUUGCAUUCAUCCUCACAGUAUCUCCUCCUGCAAUCCAGCUAUCGCAGAUCACUCAACUCAAUGAUCUCUACCAGAAGGAGAUGGCCGGAGUGCUUUUCUGGGGCUACGUUAUCUUGACCCUUCCGACUACGAUUUUUAUCGUUGCUACGAGUUUGCAGGUGCUCAAGUGGUCAUUGUAA